GCCGACCUUUGCGCAGAGAUCUUUGACUUGGAGCAGUUUGCCUAUAGCGACCACGUGGAGCUCGAGAGAAAAUCCACACGAAGGAAGGACCGGCCACCGCCUCCGCCUCCAGCGUCCACCUUUGGCCGGAGCGAGGCCUUGGAAGAAGAAUUGGGUUCAGAGUCAGACGGUGAAGAGAGUGAAGACGACGACGCGCUGUUGCAGCGCCUGAAGCUCGCGCAGCAAGUGGCGCCGCAGCUUUUCAGCAAGUCGCCCAGCUGA